GCGAAUCGUAGAAUAGUAGUGCAGUGGGAUAGUCACAGUUUACCAACAGAGUGAAAAAAUAGGAUGCGCGACGCAAUAGUGAAUUGUGCGGUUUUUGUGAAUGAUCUUUGAUAUUGUGGAAGGUGAAAUUUUGAAAAAAAAUUAAUGAUGUUUUAAAGGUUUAUAAUGGACAAUAAGUUUUUCCCAGUAAGAUGUGAAUUUAUACGUUAAAAGAGAGUAGCUAAAUGACUGAAGGUGAUGUUGAAUGGUGGUGAUAGUGCUGGUGAAUGACCCCAGUGGUCAGAGUUUGCCAAAUUUUCCAAGGAAACGUGUUACGUAUAGUUCCAGGAUUUUUAUUAAGCCGAAUUUGUGUUAUUCGCAGGUCGAGCCGGGGGAUACUUAUGCCACAACAAAGGAGGAAGAAUGGAUAAGUAAAAAGAAAACAGAAGUUUUAAACACCAAGCAAAUAGAGACUCGAGUGAAACGCCAAGUUAUACUUGAAGAUGGCAAAGUUGUGGAAGAUUCGGGACCGAUGGUCACCACUAAUACAACUGAAGACACUGAAACACAGGAACAUCACCAAACAGAGGUUCGUCGUCUCGGCGAUGAAGAUGACACAGAUGGACCGAGACCGCUGGAAGAUGGCACAAAGGGAAUCACUGAAGAAAAUUGGAUUUCUGUGCCAAAUCCAGACGGCGUCGUCAGAGAGGUUAAGGAGCGCCGGGUCAUAUCCAGGGAGGAGACCGAAGAGGUCAAGGAGACUGAGGAUGUGCAGCACUUGGGGGAUAUCACGGACGAGGAUUUUAUAGCUGCCGUCCAAAGCGGCAAAGAAGAUAUCAGAUCUGUUUUAAGAUCUACAGAGGGCGGCAGAGCCCUUGUAGCUACAGGACCUAGAGUGAUAAGAGACACCAGCAAAACCAAAAAAGUCACCGAUACAGAAGACAUAAAAGAGUUAAGUUCCGUAAAGCCCGAUGGCAAGAUCAUUACUGAAACACAACGUACGACCGAACAUGAAGAGGUUGAUGAUGACGAGUUGCCUGAUGACGCUCCCGAACAAGAUUACAGGAAAGAAAGUGCACAAAGAUGCCUAAAUACCCGAGAACAAGAAGAGGUGGACUAUCUGGUUAAUGGUAAGCACGUGGGGCAUGAGAUGAAGUACAAGACAGAAAAUAUGGAAAUUGAAAAAUUGGGUGACGAGGAUCCAGAACUGUUUGAUUCCAUGUCUGCCAGAGCCAGGAGAAAUCGAACCAAUGGUCGCCAUCAGCCUUUAAGAUAUAGGGGACCCGAAAAUCUACAGCAAACCCUUUUAGAUCGUAAAGAUGCUCUAACGCGACGACCCCUAGACUUUGACGCUGAAGAGGAAGCAAGAAAACACGAAACGUCCAAAUGGCUGGAACACCAUUUCGGUUCAGAAUCUACCAACUCUACAUUAGACGACGAGGAGCAUCCCCCAAAAACUAACUUUUUUAACGUUACUAUUAAGAGUCCCCCAAGGACUUGUGUAAAUACGCCCCUGUAUGAGCCGGAAAGAGAUAGAAACGGCCACAAUGAUGGUUAUUUUAAAGGCAUCUCCGAUUGGCCCGAACGCCAUCCACACCAACCGCAUUAUGUCUCCUCUAUCAGUCAAAAGCCCCCGACCCCGUACAACCAAGCGUCAUCAUCUCCUUAUCAACGAGGGUCUUCGCCUAUAUAUCAGGCUCGUCCGACUUCUCCUUUAUAUCAGGCUCGUCCCACUUCUCCGUAUUACGGGAACGAACGACCUGUUCGCUCACCUAGUCCGGACUAUAGGGGACGUCAACAUUCCCCCAGUCCUGAUUAUGGAAGACUCCCGACACGAAUUUCACCUUCACCACCUGUACGGGAUUUUAAUGAUUCACCAACUCCGCCUCAACGAACGAAAAAUGCAGAUCGGAGAGAGAAGUUUGUGGAUAGACGUAUCCGGUAUGAUAGUGGAUAUAGAUCUACAGGGAAGCUAGAUGACUCCAGGGAUGAUCGAAUCGAACGUGUGGAAGAACCUCCACCCGAUUAUUCUCCCCCUAGCCCCCUUCCGAUUUCCAGGGAAGAGAAGAAGCAGUAUCAAAAGACGAGGUUCGCUGCUGAGACUCCGACUCAUAAAAAAAGUGGCAAUAUUAUAGGUCAGUCAAUUCGUAAACUAGUCAACAAAAUCCGAUCUGCCAGUACUGAGAGAAAAGCGAAACAACAGCAACGUGCUAAACGGUCUCCUAGUCCCUCUUAUCAGCCUGGACACGUCAUUGAUGGAAAUAUUGGGCAUUCUACGAUGGACAGACAACCAGUACAAAGGUAUUAUCUUGGUGAAGAUCCAUUUGGAGGUAGCAUUUAUGGGAGGGAAAACAAGUACGAUGGUGUAAAACCUACUCGAAACUCUAGAAGACCUAAAGAUGAAGAUCGUACACAAAGGUCUCAAAGUACGCUAGGAAGAUUUAGUAAGUCCACCGGCAGACUAGGAAGCGACGAAAAAAAUUCUCAAACCUUACCAAGACCUAUUAACAAAUACGAGCCGCCUACUAGGUUAAACGGGAACCAUAGAGCUAACAGUACCAUAAACGUGUCCAUUAUAAAUACUGUUACUCCACCACCAAGGGUUUUUAACGAAGCUCCCGCUAAACCGGCGAGGACCUACCAAUCAAACUUAUCGCGCAGCAAAAGUUUGAUAGUCCACGGGGAUUUAGAUCAUUCGAGAAAUAAUAGCUCGAACAACAUGUACACUUCGACCCAUAGAUUGAAUAACGAGCAUAGCGGUGGGCUCAAGAGUCCUGGACUCAUUUCAAGUCUCAACAGAAGCCAAAAAGACAUAACUGAAGAUGUCUACACGUCCCGUUUCCAACGAAACGUUGAUAGUGUGGAUGACGGAAUAAGGCGGCCUUUAUACCAGGACUCGAAUUUGGGAAAAACUUACGAGGAAAGGACCGAAUACAAGCGAAGUUACAAUAACAAUUUGUCAAACUUAAAAAGUAGAUCACCGGAAUUCUUUAGAACUAUUAAUGAUGACGAUGAUUGGAGGAUGAAGAAUUACAGCAGCACUUUGAAUAAGAACAGUAGCUCAACGAAUAAAUUUAAUGGAGGGGAUGUUUAUGAACCACCAACUAGGUUGAGAGAUACCCACGUAUCCUCCGCCUCCCCGUCCCACUCGAUUCUGCGCCGUGGAAGUACCUCCAGCACCGAUUUUUCUGAAACAUAUCACACCACCAGCCGAAACGAUGAUCCAUUACGACCGAGUAUUACCAAUACGACUAAAACCGUGAGCAAGAAAACAGUACCGUUGAAGGAUGGAAGGGGUACAGAAACUAUAGAAUCUAGUGAAACCAAGAGUAUUACGAAAAGUAGUUAUAGUAGGGGCGGUAAUAGUCCAAGUGUCAAAUUCUACGAGGCAGGCAGACCGGUGGUUGUUGAGGUUAGAAACAGUUAUAGCAGGAAAUAAAUAGAACAAUUGUGUUCUUUAGGUUUAGUGAUUUUGUACAGCCCAAGACUAGAUAGUUGUAUUAAUAUAUUUAUAUGAGUUUUGGCUUAAAAAAUGGUGUGUGCUAUUAAAAUAUAGAAUAUUUGAAUAGUCUAUAUCACAGUUCUUACGAAAAACGUACACAUUAACAUAGGUCUACGCUACGCUGACUAAAUUAAAUAUAAAUUUUCAUUAUUAAUUUAGAUAUUAGUCAAGUUAAAUUUAUAGUUAAGUAUAUUAUUUAUAAAAGUUUCUCUUUUAAUAACUCACACGUAACUGCAUACUUCAUGUGCCAUCUUCUUUAUUUUGUAGAAUCUUUUAAUUUGGAAUAAAAUUAAAUAAAAAUAUGAAAAAAUAUAAAAAUGUAUAAGAUAAAAAAAUAUUUUACCGGAAAAAAUUAAACAAAAUAUAAUCUUAUAAAA